GCAGUGAUAUAGGCUUUGAGUCGAGUGCCGACUGCCAUAUUGCGCUUGCAGUCGAUGAAAAUGUCUGAGAAAGAUUUAUUGUUCUGUUACAAUCAGGGAUGUGGUAAACAAUUCGAUCCCCUCGAAAAUACUGAAGAUUCGUGCCUGUUCCAUCCUGGAGCUCCGUUUUUCCACGAUGCGUAUAAGGGUUGGUCAUGUUGCAAAAAGCGUAGCGUUGAUUUUACGGAAUUCCUCAACACGAAGGGAUGCGCGAAAGGCCCCCACAAUCCCGUUAAACCUCCGGAACCAGAGAAGCGGGAACGCGGAAGUCAAGAUGUAGUGAUUCAUGAGAGAAAACCCCUCCAAAAGGACGACACCGAGUACGGCGAUGCGAAUGACUCUACAACAGCUCUUAUCGUUACUGUGUCUCCCGCGCUGAGAAAACUACUGGAUGAUGAAGCAAGUACGAAGCCGACGCAAAACGAUGUCAGUGUUGGUGGUGGCGAGGUCGUCGAGGGCACUGCUUGCAAAAACGCAGGAUGUUUAGUGACCUAUCGUGAACCGCCCGCGGAUCUAGGAUCGUGCGUACAUCAUCCCGGGACGGCCAUUUUUCAUGAAGGAAUGAAAUACUGGUCAUGCUGCAAGCGAAAAACGACCGAUUUCACUGUCUUCCUGAAUCAGAAGGGAUGUGUUUCAGGUGAACAUGCCUGGUCUGCACCGUCGAAACGGGGUGAGAAAGUGAAUUGUCGGCAUGACUGGCAUCAGACGGGGCCUUAUGUUUUCAUAACGUAUUAUGCCAAAAAAGUCGAUCCGAAGCAGUGUGUGUUCAACGCGAACUCAGCGAAGUUAGAACUGCAGCUCACAUUUGAAGGGAAACUCUUCGCGCAUACAAUUCUUUUACGAGGGCCCAUUAGUCCUGAGGAGAGUACGGUGACAUUGGGUGGAAGCAAAGUAGAGAUCAAAUUGAAGAAAGCUAAUGCCAUGUCUUGGAAAGAUUUGGGAGAAUUCGUGGUCGACAAUGAAGAACCCGAGCACAAAGCAGAAGAAAGUUCAAAUACUGUGGAAGAUAUCCCGGAUGUGGAUCUUAAUGAUCUUUGA